AUGCCGGCUCUCGCGCUUCCUGCGCUGUUCUCGUCGCAAUCGGACCAACAGACGCCAAUUGGAGUGCAGGACCACUCGCAGGGAUACAAAUUCGACCCGUUGCUCCAUCUUCCAGGCACGUCGCCAUACUUUGACGCAGUUGGAUUCGGACUCGAGCACACGGCGCCUGUUGGGUGCAACGUUACGGCAGCGUCAUAUAUCGUGAGGCACGGAGCCAUCUACGCUGUAAGUUCCUGCCCGAAAACCGCGAAUCCAACACGACUGACAGUUGUGUUUCCANNGAACGAUGACGAAUACGAAGAAUACAUCAAGCCGUUCCUCGUCAAACUUGAGAAACACAGGGACGGCUGGUCAGGGCCNCUCGCAUUCAUGGGUGAAUGGCAAUCGCCCAUCCUCGAAGACAAACUCGAAGAACUCACACCCUCGGGCGCACGCGAUGCCGAGAAAGUCGGAAAACAUCUCGUCGGCCGAUACCCGGAUCUGGCUGAGUACACGACCAGGAUAUUGGCAGACAANAAGAGCAGAACCUUCGACACGGCUACAAACUUCACGAGAGGCUUCCCGCACCACGAGGACAUCGAGGUCGUGCGUAUCCUCGACAAUGACAACGGUUCCAUGGAGUCGCUUGUCCCGCACAAGCUGUGCGACAAGUUCAACAAGAAGCCUGGUACCAAGGAGCAACACAAGUUCAUCAACAUGUACGGGUCUAGCGUAUCUGCCCGUCUUGCUCCUUUUGCACCCUUCAAGCUCAGUCCCAAGGAUGUAGUGGGCAUGCAAUCCAUCUGCGGCUACGAAAGCGCCAUCCUUGGAAAGCGCUCNCCCAUGUGCGCCGUCUUCACCGACGCCGAAUGGAUGGCCUACGAAUACCACUGGGACCUCAAGUACGCCUACAUGGUUGGGCCCUUGAACCCUUUGUCCCCCUACCUCGGCUUUCCUUGGUUGGAAACCCAGUCAGAGCUCUUCGCCCACAUCGACAAGCACGACACGCCCAGCGGUGGCUGGCCUGACAAGCAGCGCUUCUUCCUCUCCUUCACCCACCGCGAAGUCCCUCCUUUUAUCGCCACCGCUCUGGGGCUUUUCAACUCGUCAUCCGAUGCUGGAGAGCAGUUUCCCACUGACCACAUCAAUUGGACCCGCGCCUGGCGCAUGUCAGACCUCAUCCCCUUCCUCGGCCACGUCGGCAUGGAGAAGAUGACGUGUGACCGCGGUGGCGCCGUCGAUGCUGACGGAACCACCGGGCCUGGAGAGUACGUGAGGUUCAUCGCCAACACAGCGCCCAGACCCAUUCCGCAGUGUCAGAGUGGACCUGGUGCGAGUUGUCCCUUUGACGAAUUCAGAGAUUUCAUCGGCAAGGGAGCAAAGAAGCAUAAGGAUUUCCACAAGGUGUGCGAUAAGAAGGGAAAGCAUGCAUGA